GGCAAAAGCAUUUAUAUUCCUUCUCGCGGCACUGCCGACUUCAAGCAGUCUGCUCGGUGUUGCACUUGAAGAUUUUCCUCGGGUCUGCAAGUCAAUUUGGAGCAGAUAGGACAGCAGGUUUCUUUCUUUUUUGACCACUCUGUUUGAAACCAGUCGUGGCUUUUAAAAAGUUGUAGCAGUCAAACUAGGAUCCUGGUCGGUCCUGCAAGAACCAGCGACCUCAGCAGAACUACAAACAGAAAAAUGUCUGCAACAUCACUCUUAUCCGCUUUUUACGACAUCGAGUUGCUUUGCAAGCAAAGCGAGAAUUCCUUCAACAUGAACAACCUAAACCAGUACAGUAUGCUGGAGAAGCAGCCGGUCGCUAUUGCAGCGAAUACUUCCAGCAGCAGCACUAACUCUUACACCCCUGGGUUCAUCCGGCGAAACUCCAGCAGCAAUCUGCAGGCUCUGGUCAAUUCCUCCAAGUACCCCAACAAUUCCUACAGCAACAGUAAAGAGACCACGACCAGCGCCCCCGCUACCACUGCUCAGAUGAACAAGGAGAACAGGUUCCGGGACCGCUCCUUCAGCGAGAACGGAGAGCGCAGCCAGCAGCUGGAGGCGCAGAUCCAGCAGCAGAAAGCCGGCUCUCAGAUCAACUCCACCCGCUACAAAACCGAGCUCUGCCGGCCCUUUGAGGAGAGCGGCGCCUGCAAGUACGGUGAGAAGUGUCAGUUUGCCCACGGGUACCACGAACUCAGGAGCCUGUCACGCCACCCCAAGUACAAAACCGAGCCCUGCCGCACUUUUCACACCAUUGGGUUCUGCCCCUACGGACCACGGUGCCACUUCAUCCACAACGCUGACGAGAGGAGACCGGCCCCUUGCAAUGCUAACAGCGCCGUGCAAGGGCUUGCCCUGCAGGCGAACGAGCUGUGUGGUUACAGUCAAAGGGACGGCAUGCAGCACCAGCACACGAGUUUCAGUCAAAGGGACAGACCAAAGCUACACCACAGCUUGAGCUUUUCAGGCUUUUCCAGCCAUCACGGACUUGAAUCGCAGCUGGUGGACAGCCCCACGUCCCGCACCCCACCGCCCCCUUCCACGUCCUCCUCCUCCUCCUCCUCCUCCUCCUCCUCAUCCUCCUCGUCUUCUUCCUCAUCCACGCUCUACGAAGACAUGCUGUCCCCCAGCUCGCUGUCCUGUGCCAACAACGCCUUCUCUUUCCCCAGACAGGAGCUGAGGAACCUUCUCGCCCCUCUGGCUAUACAGACCCACAACAGUGCCUAUUACAUGAACCACCACCAUGCCGGCGCGUGCCCCCCUUCCCCGCCGUGCAACAUGAGUCACUUGCAGUCGCUGAGACGCCUGUCCGAGUCGCCCGUGUUCGACUCCCCGCCGAGCCCUCCAGACUCCCUCUCGGACCGCGAGAGCUACGCCAGCGGGUCCCGAAGCUCUUCUGGGAGUCUGAGCGGCUCUGAGUCUCCAAGCUUGGAGUCCGGAAAGCGUCUGCCAAUCUUCAGCAGGCUGUCUAUUUCUGACGAUUAGACGUUGUGUUUAAAAAAUAAAUGACGUUUUAUCUUCUAAAAUCCACCAUUUUGUCUUUAAGAAAUCUACCACUCUCCCUUUUGUGACGACACCAGUAACGACAAAAAUAAAUAAAUAAAUAAACAAGAUCAGUUUAAUACUUUUUGUAUUAGGGUAAAAUUUCCGAAAUGUUGUGGACAUGGCAUUAGAUAUUUUCCUUUUAUAUAGAAAGAGUUUAACAUCAACAGAAGGCAUUCCAUCACCGAUACUUAAGAACUAUACACAAUAAGAAAAAACAAGAAUCAACUAUAAACUACGGUCUUUUCUAGCAAGCACGAAUAAAACGUCAGUUUAUUAAGGGAAAGCAAAAACACCAGGUCUAUUCCACCUGUGGUGACUUUUAAAAAGAAAUGCAACAAACAUCCUGCCAAGAAUAUGCCUUUUUUUGUCAAAAGACUUUUACAUUUUUUUUGUCAAAAGACUUGCAUUUUUGUGUGUGUGUGUGCGUAAAAAGCUGAACUUUCAUUCCAAAACUUUGUUCUGUGUUCUAGUGCCGCCACCCAGUGGCAAGGUAUGGCUUGAACAUCCACGUUUCUACUGUUAAUUUGUUGUUGUUAAAAGCACUCGGUUCUUGGUGUCAAGCUAGUUGUUUGGGGAUAACUGCUGAUUUGUUGAAUUAUUAUUAUUAUUAUUAUUAUUAUUAUUAUUAUUAGCAGUUUUGAGUUGAUUGCAUAGCAUUGCACACAGCUUGCUAUGAAAACUAUUUAACUUAUUUAUUGUCUUGUGAAAAGUAUAGGCUACAUUGAUAACUGUCCAUACCGUAUUUCUUGAGUAUGAUGAAAGCAAUAGAUAUAUAUUCUUUUAUUAUGUUUAAAUUAUGAUUGCCAUUAUUAAUCUUCAGAAUGUGGAGUGUGAUUGUUCUUUUCACAGUAAUAUAUGAUUUUUUUUUUUUGUAACUUCACUUGGUUAUUUUAUUGUAAAUGAGUAAAAAAAAAAAAAAAAAACAGAAUCUUAAUUUAAGAGUGUCAUAUUUAUUUCAUUAAUUUUGUUUCCUUGUUUACGUAAAACAAAUGUAAAGAUUGCAUGGUUUCUACGUUCUUUAGAAAUCAGGUCUUCGUGCUGUGGAAGUAGUUAUUGUGGAUCUCUCUACAUUUGUGUGUAGAAUGUGAAAGUAGCAAAACAUGGUUGAUAGGCCAUCCAAAAAUAACUCAGAAGAUGUAAACUAGUCUUACGCUUUCUUAUAAGCCCAGACGUCAAA